UUAUAUAUAUAUCUAUAUAUCAAGAAUAGACUUAACAUAAGUAAAGAUGGGAGAGAGUGGUGUCCCAACAAUAGAUCUGCAAGGGUUUCCUGGACAGUAUGGGAAACUGAGAAGAGCAUGUGAAGAGUGGGGCUGUUUCAGGCUCGUGAAUCACAAUAUCUCUUUGGCCAUCAUGGCAGAUAUGAAGAGGGUUGUGAGAUCAUUGUUAGACCUGCCCUUCGAUGUGAAAAAGCGCAACUUAGAUGUAAUAUCUGGGAGUGGCUACAUGGCACCAAGCCAAGUCAACCCUCUUUACGAGGCUUUGGGACUUUAUGAUAUGGGGUCUUCACAGGCUGUGGACACUUUCUGCUCCCAAUUGGAUGCCUCUUCUUACCAAAGAGAGGUUAUAGAGAUGUAUGCUAAGGCAAUUCAUGGGGCGGCCAAGGAUGUAGCUCGAAAGUUGGCUGAAAGUUUAGGGUUAAGUGGUGAUUUUUUUGAGUCAUGGGUUUGCCAGUUCAGGAUCAACAAGUACAACUUCACCCCUGAAACUAUAGGCUCCUCUGGAGUCCAAAUACAUACAGAUUCUGGGUUUCUGACUAUCCUUCAAGACGAUGAAAAUGUUGGAGGGCUUGAAGUGAUGAACCCGUCUGGUGCGUAUGUAGCUGUUGAUCCGGUGCCAGGCACCCUCCUGAUCAAUCUUGGAGACAUUGCUAAGGCAUGGAGCAAUGGGAGGUUUCGUAACGUGCAGCAUCGAGUGCAAUGCAAGGAAGCUACAAUUCGGAUUUCAAUUGCUUCAUUCCUGCUGUCCCUGCUGGCUUCCAAUGAGGAAGUGGAAGCUCCGCCGGAACUUGUGGACUCUGAACACCCUCGUCUCUAUGUCCCUUUCACUUAUGAAGAUUACAGAAAGCUGAGACUUACCACAAAAUUGCAGGCUGGUGAAGCCCUUGAACUUAAACGUAUCAAGUCCUAAAAAAUAAAGGAACAAGCAAUUUGCAGCCUGAAGAACUGCUGCACUUGCCAGUAACACAAAAUAAAUUGGAAUGACUAUCAUUCUAGCGUUACCUUUCUAGUUUGGUAAAGAAGGGAUCUCUUAGAUUUUGACAUUAUCUGAACUGAAUGUCAUGAUUUCAAGCAACUAAGUAAUAGAGGUAUGCUUGAUUCUCUAUAGAUUUGCAAGCUUUUAUGUUCCUGUGUUUGAACAGAAAAGCGAGAGGAUUUUAUCUCAAGAAUUUUAUAAACAAGAAAGUAUUGUUCGACAUCA